UGGCGCAAUUUAUCAAGAAAAAGGUGAUUAUGAGAAUUCAUCAGUUUACCAUCGAAAAUGUCUUGAAAUCAAGGAACAUCAUAAACCACUAAAAUUAGAAAUCCCAUCAACCUUAUCCAAUAUUGGUUGUGUUUAUUUAGCGCAAGAAAACUAUGAACAAGGAUUAAUUCAUUUAAAACGAGCUGUUGUAUUAGAAUCUAAUGCUUCCAAUACGAAUAAGGAAGAACUAGCAACAUAUUUUAAUAAUACCGGACAGUUAUAUAAAGAAAUUAAAAAUCUUCCUGAAGCGUUGGAAUAUUAUAACAAAUCAUUGAAUAUUAGAAAAGAAAUUUUACCGUGUAAUCAUCCACUAAUAGCUUCAUCGUACAAUAAUAUUGGUACAAUUAUAUAUAGUCAACGACUAUAUGAAGAAGCAAAAAAAAAAUUUUGA